CUUUAAUAACAUUCAUUAUUUUCUAUCACAAUAAUAAAUUAAACAUUAUAAAAUAAUAAUAUCAAAUUAAUUAAUUAAUAAUAUCCCCCAAACUAUAAUUCAUUUUGAGACUAACAAAAAUUACUGAUAAAAAAAAAACAAUUAAACUAUUGUAUUAACUAAUUAACUACUGUGUUGCUGUGAAGAAAAUAAUUGAUAAAAAAUGCUACCAAGAAUGAUGUCAAUAUCUAAAAUAACAACAAGUGCAUUAAAAUAUGAAAGUUCAUUAAAAAAUAUAAAUUCAAUAUCAAUAAUUUAUAGUAAUUUAAUUAGUAAAAAAUUAAUUCAUACAAAUAAAUUAUUAAAAAAUAAUAAAGAACCAAAACAACAACAACAACAACAAGUAUAUGGAGGUCAAAGAGAAGCAGUUGAUAAUACAAGUUUAAAAAAUGCUGUAACAAUAUUUGAUAAAUUAAAUAAUAAUAAAAAGAAAAAAAAAAAAGAUACAUUUCUUGAUGUAUUACAUAUGUAUACAAAUGAACCAGAUAGAAAAACUGGACAUGUACAAUUUGUAUAUGCUGCUAUGAAAUACAUGGAUGAAUAUGGUGUUAAUGAAGAUCUUGAAAUAUAUAAAGCAGUACUUAAUACAAUGCCAAAAGGACGUUAUGCUGCAACAACAUUAUUACAAGCUGAAUUUAUGCAUUAUCCACGUGAACAACAGUGUAUUAUUGAUUUACUUGAUAAAAUGGAAAGUAAUGGUAUAUGUCCAGAUCCAGAAACUGAAUUAAUUAUUAUAAAUAUAUUUGGUCAACAUGGUAUUCCAUUGAGAAAGCUAAGAAGAAUGGCAUAUUGGAUGGGUAAAUUUAAAAAUUUAAAUCCAUGGCCAGUACCAAAGCCUCUGCCAACAGAGGCAAUUGAUCUUGCUGAGCUUGCAAUUAGAAAAAUAGCAAGUGUUGAUGUACAAAGUGUAAUAACAAAAUUUGAUACAAAUGAUGUUAAUGAUUCAAUUGACAAAACAUGGAUUAUAUCAGCAUCAAGUCCUGAUCAAGAAAGAUUAAUAAGAGAACAUCAAAAAAAUAUUCCAAUUUAUGUUGAAGGUCCAUUUAGAAUUUGGGUAUCAAAAGCAUCUGUUGAUUAUUUUUUACUUCGUGCUGAUCCAUUAAAAAAAGUUGUAGAAGAAGAUGUUGAUAAUGAUGAUAUGACAAAUAUUGAAGUUAAUUUUUGGAAAUCAAAGAAAAAAGCACUUCAAGUGCAACGUUCUAUACAUGAACAAGAUGAACAAACAAUAUUUAGUGUAUGUGCUACUGGAACAUCUAGCAAAGAUUCAUUGUUAUCAUGGAUACGUUGUUUACAAACGAGAAAUCCAGAUUUAGAAAAUAUUCCAAUUUUAUUUAAAUUUACAAGAAAAAUUGAUGACUUUGAAGUUAUUACUGAUGGAUCAAGUGAUAAUACUGCUCACGUUGAUGGUGAUAGUUCAGAAAAAUUAUCAUCUUGAUGAAAUUAAUUUUUAUUCUAUUUGUAAAUAAAUACAAUUAUUAGUAAUUU